UCCACCCACUCUGAAGUGGUCAGAGUACAGAGAGCAGCUGUGAAGUCAGAGUGGACAACCAGCCUCCCCUGAAGCUAAAGGUCCCCCGGAGAGGAUGAAGUUCUCUGUGGCUGCCCUCUUUCUCCUCAUCCUCAUCACCACUCCGGCUUUGUACGGCCAGUCAAAUCCCACAACCUUUUCAUCUGCUUCAAUCCCACUCAUCUUUCAAGAAGCAAGCCAUGCACUACAUGCUGUGGGACUUCUUCCUCAGCCACCCAGGCUGGGAAAUUCCUGAGUCGGUGAACCAUUCUCCCACCUGCUGCCUGAAGUAUCAUGAGAAAGUAUUGCCAAAGAAAUUGGUGGUGGGAUACAGAAAGGCCCUCAACUGUUACCUGCCAGCAAUCAUUUUUGUCACCAAAAAGAAUCGAGAGGUCUGCGCCAACCCCAACAACAAAUGGGUCCAAGAGUACAUCAAGGAUCCCAAUCUACCUUUGCUGCCUCCCAGGAACUUGGCCCAGGUUAAAAGUAUUAGAACAUAGGAAGGCCAACCCCAGCUCUGAAGCUCUGAAGCCUCGGUGGGAGUCCAGGUUCCGGAAAGAAAAAUGCAACCCUGUGAAAAUGCAGGUGGCCAUGUGGUCUGGAUGACAGUGGUAUUGAGAGAAGCUGGCCCCUGAUGCAAAAAGUAAUUAAAAGUAUUUCAAACACUU